UUGAAAGCUCACUGGUUUCUAUGUUCACUUUGUAGCUGGAAGGAAAAGUCGACUCGUAGAAAGAACGGGCCUUCCCAACAAAACCAACGAAUAAUUGAGUGUUACUGCAUCCACGAGGAAGGAAAAAAGAAAUGGAAAGAAUAUUUGUGAAUCAAAUUGAAGCCCACUGGUCUGACUUGAGAUUUCCCAUUCGGAACGUGCAGCCAGCCUUUGCAAUCAUUUCUGAGCGCCGCACUGGAGUAGUCGCAACCGACCACACAAAUGGGGCUGAAACAACGUACCCGAUUUCCAGGGAGUGAUAUCCUUAAUGCGUGCUGUAGAGAAAAAUGAUACGAUCAUCUCUGCGUAUUAUCCGCCAUGAGUUUGCUCGAUAUAAACCGGAGGCGCUGCCUUCUCUUUUGCUCGUCACAAGAGAACAUCACACUUCGAGUCCAGAGCUAUGUCUUCUGUGAAUCCCAACUUUGCUUCCCAAGGAUGGAAGUCCGCGCCUUUUAUCUUCGCUGCUAUUGGACUGGAAAACAUGGCCUUCCUUUCGGUCGGGAUAAACUUGUUUCCAUACAUGUUUACCACGAUGCACUUCUCCAUUACCGAUGCGGCCAACGCGGUUACCAAUUUCAUGGGAACUUCUUUUCUUCUCACUCUGCUGGGAGGAUUUCUGUCUGACGUCUGCUUGAGCAAGUUCUGGACAAUCAGCACUGGAGCAGCGAUAGCAUCUGUGGGAUUUACAUUCUUGACACUUUCGUCUUCGAUUCCCGCGCUGCGGCCGCCUCCAUGUCCGUUACUCAGUCCAGAAUGCCAGGAGGCGAGUGCCACAGGAAAGCUGGUUCUUUUCCUAGGACUCUACCUCGUCGCGAUUGGGAGUGGAGCUGUCAAGAGCAAUCUAGCAGCAAUCGGCGCGGAUCAAUUCGACAGCACGGCCAACUCGAAAGAGAAAAGAGAGAUAUCGACUUACUUCAACUGUGCUUUCGUCGCUUUUUGCUUGGGAGCCAUCGUUGCUGUCACCGCGCUCGUCUACGUCCAGGACAACGUCUCUCGCCAAUGCGGCUACGCCAUAGCUCUCGGCACAGUGCUGCUGGCGACCAUUUUCUUCGUUUCCGGUCGCAAGUUCUACCGAAGAACAUCCCUGGGAAAGAAUCCACUGCUCAGUGUUGCCCGAGUUUUCGUAGCGGCUCUAUACAACUGGAGAGUGGCAGUGCCUUUGGAUAGCAACGAGACGAUUCAGGAUGAAGAAUCUGGAGACAAAGUCGACAAUUAUAUUCAACGCACUCCACAGUUCAAAUUCUUGGACAGAGCAGCAGUCCACACGAAAGCCAUGACAAACGACACAAUCCCGUGGAACCUAUGCACAGUGACACAAGUCGAGGAAGCCAAGAUCGUGCUGAGGAUUAUACCCGUUUUCGCGAGCACCAUCAUGAUGAACUGCGUGCUGGGCCAGCUCCAGACAUUCUCCCUGGCCCAAGGCAAGACCAUGGAUCGAAAAGUCACGCACAAGUUCGAGAUCCCGCCGGCAUCGCUGCCGUUUUUCCCGCUGGCGAUCAUGGUGGUUUUGGUUCCGAUCUACGACAGGCUCAUCGUCCCGGUGAUCCGACGAGCAACAGGACACGAGCACGGCAUCACGCACCUCCAGAGAAUCGGGGUUGGACUGCUGCUCGCGGUUUCCUCCAUGGCCAUCGCAGCUCUGGUGGAGGAGAGGAGGAUCCGCGUAGCAACAGCGAGCAGGCUUCUGGAUCGUCCAGCCGAGAUUAUUCCCAUGAGCAUCUGCUGGCUUGGACUGCAGUACGUGACGUUUGGCAUCGCGGACAUGUUCACGUUCGUGGGCCUCCAGGAAUUCUUCUACAGUGAAUCUCCGGCCGGGCUCAAGAGCAUGGCGACAUCGCUGGCGUACGUUUCCAUCGCCAUUGGCUACUUCAUGAGCUCCUUGCUCGUCUCCAUCGUGAACGCAUGCACACGUAGGAAAGGUGGCGAAGGUUGGCUGCCAGACAAUCUUAACAGGAGCAGGCUUCGCGAUUUCUACUGGCUCUUGGCGUGUCUUAGCACCGCCAACUUGAUCAACUACGUCUUUUGGGCGUUGUGGUAUCGGAGGAGAGAACUUGCGGACGGGGAGCUGCGAAACAAGGAGAAUCAGGAUUUGGAUGUUAUGAGCUCGGAGAAUCAAUAACUUUUUUGGAAACAUGCUCUUGUGGCAAGACAAAGGAGUAGAAAACAAAGGUGGCGCUAUUAAUAUUUUUCACCGGUAUCAAUAUAGUAUUGUCGCAUCCUCAAUGCUAUUCUUUUUUAAGCUAACCAAGAAGCCAAAUGUCAACCAGCAAGCGGAAAUAGCAAUGAAAGCAAUAAGAAACAAUGAGAAACAUGUCUCUUUUA